AUGAAUCAAUUUGAAUCCAUAGAGGCAAGAAUUUUGUUCUUAAUCUAUACUCUCUAUCAGAACAAUACCAUAUCUCUUGAUUAAAAGGGUCUACUUAAAGACAAUUUGGUAUCAAAAGAAAAUGGCAGAUUUAUGAAUGCUAUUACAUAAUUCGAGAAAUCCAAAGAUAUUGAUUAAUUAUAGCAAUUCCUGAUUUAAUUUAUCGAAAUGGAGAACUCAAUAUCAGACUAUAUUUCAGUGAAUUCUUAUAAAACAAUAAAGUCAACUAAACCAUGUAAUUUAUGCAAGGAAACUACAUAAAGUUCGAACACAAAUUCUAACCCAAGUAUAAUGUUCUCCACCAUCACUGUUCAAAAAAAGGAGGGAGAUGCCUAGUUUAUUUCUAGGAAAGAUAAAAAAUACUUAACUUAAAUAUCAUGA